GCGUAAUGCCCCAAAGCAGCUAGGGAAAAGACUAAUGCGCCACAAGUGUUCUGCCAGAACAGUCUUCAUCUCUCCAGGAUACUGCACCAUCAGAGGGCUCUUACCCUCAGAGCUCCACAGUUAAGAAAAUGCACAUCGAUCACAAUUCAUCAGACCACAAUGAAACAUCAUGGUUUUAUGACUGUAACCUUGACUUGGACCAUGACUCUCGGCGCAUUUGGCUCUUCCUGCUCUACCUGUUCCUGUUCAUGGUGGGUUUGGUCGAGAACUGCCUGGUGAUUUGGGUAAACUGGCGCAGGCGACACUCAGCCAGCGGUGUGCUCUUCUGUGUUAUCAACAUCAGCCUGUCUGACCUGAUGGUGGUUUUCACUAUGCCAUUCUUAAUGCUGGAGAUAGCAUUGGCCGAUAUUUGGAUUUGGGGUCGAUUCCUCUGCAAGGUGACGCACUUCAUCUUCAUCAUCAACUUGUUUAACAGUUCCUUCUUCCUGGCCUUCAUGACUCUCGAGAGGUACCUUACCGUAACGCGGCCAAACACGCCCGCAUGCUUCCCGCUGCAGCCCAGGCACCGGCGAUGGCUGCUGUGUGCAGGAGUGUGGCUUCUGUCCCUGGUGUUGGUGCUGCUAGAAAAUGUACACGUAGACCUGCUUGGGUGGCAUGAACCCGGCUGCUAUGUGAUUCCUGAGAAAAAUCACGUAGAAUGGUUCGUCUCACUUAGUUUCCUCUGUUUUAUCUUCCAAUUUUUGGGGCCUGCGUCUGUCAUCAUCACAUGUAAUAUACUGAUUGCGCGGUCUGUUCGCGCCUCUCCGGACGUGGAAAAUCGUAGGGAUCUUUGGCUCUUGCAUGUGUAUUCACUGGUCUUUGUGGUCUGUUGGCUUCCCUACCACAUUGUGAUGCUCCUGACAAUGGCGAUUGACCUGGAUCCAAGCUUGAUGUCCUGCAACACUGUAGAGAUUCUGUACUUCUCCUUUGGUAUUGUACAGUGUAUCUCGUUGUUUCGUUGCAUUGCCAACCCCAUUCUCUAUAACUUCCUGAGCAAGAGCUUUCGUGCCAACCUCUUUAACGAUAUUCUUUCCCGUGUUUCCUCACCACCGUUCGGCAACGUAGCCAAUACAGCCGAUGGUGUGGGGAGGUCACAGCAGAAGGAGCGAAAGCUCAGCAAUGCCAGCACCAGUCACUCAGAGAUAGGAACCUAAGAAGGGAAGUUCCCAUCAAGUCAUAAUGAAGUCUUAUGAGAGAGCCAAAUUUGAGAAGAAUCAAAAAGUCCUCCAUACCUUUAAGUUUGUCUGAACACCUCCCACAUAGCUAAGGAGUCUAUUUUAAAAUCAUAGAAUCAUCUCAUUGUUUUGGUCCCAGAUAAAUUAAUAGCAGUUUCUCAGUGCAAGGACUGGUAGCCAUUAUGAAAGAACAUUUUAAGACACUAAACUUUUUUUUUUAUUGUUUACAAACACUAGAGCUGGAAUGAAUGAAUGAAUGAAUGAAUGAAUGAAUGCCUUUAUUGUCAUUGUAUUACGCAUAGGGAUGUACUGAUCAGAUAUUUUGGAUCGGUAUCAACGCCGAUCCAAGCAUCCAAGGUAUCGGUGGUGCGUGACCGAUCCUAAUCCGAUAUCCGUAGUCAUGGCCGUCGGAACCAUUAUAUGUGGGUGGGACAGGACCCACCCAGUUUUUAAGACUAAUAAUAUUGGACCCUCUAUUCAGCGCAUAUGUCUUUUUUUAUUACUAUUAUUUUUAUUAUUUAACGCCGCCAGUCGAAUCCAUUCCCUUGAGGAAUGCCCUAAUAAAUUUAACUCCAUUCCGCGUUUUACCUACAGCAUUGACCACGAUCCUGCUUCCUGAAAUCCAUCGGCGUCUGAACCAUUAUAUGUGAGUGGGACAGGACACGCCCACUUUUUAUUUACUUCCGACGCCCAUGCCCGUGGUGGUUGAUUAAUGAACAGCAAACACCAUGGACUGUUGAUUAAACUUAUAAGACAAAAUACACUUAUAUGUUAAAUUGCAUUAAUGAAAAUAAAUAUAAUAAAUUUUAUAGGUAAUAUGUUGCACAACCGCCUGCGACAGACAGGCAAGUUUAGCAGGCGCCAUUUCCAUUUACCUCAGCGCGUUAAACAUGUCGCUCAUUUGGGUGCACUGCUCAUGUGGUUUACUGUUUACUGCACUUUGCAUUGUGUUUCAAGAGUUUCUAAUUUAAGAUUCACUUUAAAAUAUUGCCUUUUCUUCAGAAAAUAAUUUAAUUUAAUAAUUGCAGUAUAUAUGGUUUAGAUUGUUUUACCACUAACUGUUAAAAGUACUGUUUGCUACUGCAUUAAUACUUUUUUAAAGUUUCUUGUGUAUUCAUUUUUCAUCCAGUAAUGGGCAUUUUUGUAUUUCUUUGCCAGAAACAAAUAAAUCUUAAUAACUAAGCGAGUUGUAUACAUUGUUCAGUUUUAAAGGUAGAAAAGAACACAGAUAUUGGAUCGGUAUCGGUAUCGCCGAUACUGGCACACGCUGAUAACGGAAUCGGAUCAAAAGAGAAAAAAACAGACAUAUAAUCACAGCCAAUAAAAACAGACAUAUAAUCACAGCCAAUAAAAACAGACAUAUAAUCACAGACAAUAAAAACAGACAUAUAAUCACAGCCAAUAAAAACAUACAUAUAAUCACAGACAAUAAAAACAGACAUAUAACCACAGACGAUAACAAUAAACUUUUACACAUAAAUACACCAAGUGAAAUUCACUUUAAAUAGUCUGAAUAAAUCGACCAUUUACGCAAUGGAGUCAAACGUCCAUGUAAAAAAAAAGGUUAGGGGUUCCUGUUAGUAGUUUUAAAGCAGGAAGGAAAAUAUCUCCCUGCAUCCCACUCCACAGGAAGCGAUGGCAUUACUACUGACGAACAAGCCACAUGCCACAGAAUAAAGGAAGCGCAGCAAUCAAACAUGUGCAGAUGAUGAUCUGUACACUGGACAAAAUCAUUUACUUCUUGGCUUCACUGCUAAAACCUAUUGCUCUACAUUAUGUUUAUACAAGAACCUAUAUUUAAAACAGCAAAUUAAAAAAAAGUUUAUUGUUUUGUUGUGUUUUUUGUUUGGUUUUGUAUUGUUUUAAUAAAACAUUUAACAAAUUGUAA